CCAUUUUGUCGGCGCGGGAGGAGAGCGGAGGCCUUGCGGAGGAGCUUCUCCUGAGCCUUUGUGGGGCGCCGCAGCCGCUUUUCAUCGACGCCCUCGAGGGCUUUCCGCCAUCGUAACAUCACGGCAGACAUGUCGGAGUACAUCCGGGUUACCGAGGAUGAGAAUGAAGAACCAAUUGAGAUCCCCUCAGAGGAUGACGGGACUGUGUUGCUAUCUACAGUCACUGCUCAGUUCCCAGGGGCAUGUGGUCUGCGCUACAGAAACCCUGUGUCUCAGUGUAUGAGAGGAGUCCGAUUAGUGGAAGGAAUUCUGCAUGCGCCAGAUAAUGGCUGGGGAAAUCUGGUUUAUGUUGUUAAUUAUCCCAAAGACAAUAAGCGGAAAAUGGAUGAGACAGAUGCCUCAUCAGCUGUGAAAGUGAAGCGAGCAGUGCAGAAAACCUCUGAUCUCAUUGUUUUGGGGCUCCCGUGGAAAACAACUGAACAAGAUCUAAAGGAAUAUUUCAGCACAUUUGGAGAGGUUCUCAUGGUGCAGGUUAAGAAGGACAUCAAAACUGGCCAUUCAAAGGGGUUUGGGUUUGUACGAUUUACUGACUAUGAGACCCAGGUGAAAGUCAUGUCUCAGCGACACAUGAUAGAUGGAAGAUGGUGUGACUGCAAGCUUCCAAACUCUAAGCAAAGUCCAGACGAACCUUUGCGUAGCAGGAAGGUGUUUGUUGGGCGUUGUACCGAAGACAUGACUGCAGAUGAGCUUCGUCAGUUUUUUUCACAAUACGGAGAAGUGGUUGAUGUCUUCAUCCCCAAACCGUUCAGAGCUUUUGCCUUUGUUACGUUUGCUGAUGAUCAGGUUGCCCAGUCCCUUUGUGGCGAGGACUUGAUCAUAAAAGGAAUCAGCGUCCAUAUAUCCAAUGCUGAACCUAAGCAUAAUAGCAGUAGACAACUAGAAAGAGGUGGAAGAUUUGGUGGUAAUCCAGGAGGCUUUGGGAAUCAGGGUGGAUUUCCUAACCGGGGGGGAGGAGGUGGAGGUGGAGGGUUGGGAAACAACCAGGGCAGUAACAUGGGGGGCGGGAUGAACUUUGGAGCCUUUAGCAUCAACCCGGCAAUGAUGGCAGCAGCUCAGGCAGCGCUCCAGAGCAGUUGGGGGAUGAUGGGCAUGCUAGCUAGCCAGCAGAACCAGUCUGGGCCAUCUGGGAACAACCAGCCACAAGGCAACAUGCAGAGGGAGCAGAACCAGGGCUUCAGUUCAGGGAGCAAUUCCUAUGGAGGCUCGAACUCUGGUGCGGCAAUCGGGUGGGGCUCUUCAAACGCAGGCUCUAGCAGUGGCUUUAAUGGAGGUUUUGGCUCAAGCAUGGAUUCCAAGUCAUCUGGCUGGGGAAUGUAGGCUAUCCAGUACUGACUCUGUGGUGGGAAAUCAGAUUUUUUUUUCUAGAGCUUCUGGUAAGUAUAUUAUAAGAUGCAUAUACUAAAAGAACAAAAAUUUCCAAAUCAGUUUGUUCAGCGUGUAGUAUAUUUCAACAGUAUUUUUGACACAUUUUCUUUUGUAAGGGGGGGAGGGGAAAAAAAGAAAAAAAAGUUAAAUGGAGUUUUAUAGGUUUUGUUACAAUGAGUUGGAAUACAUGAGAUGGGAUAUUGAGUGAUUGAAAGUGAACUGCUGUUUGCCUGAUGGGUAAACGAACGCACUGCAAUUUGAUAGGAAUUCAUAAAAAAAAUUGAUUCCUCAUUUCCUAGUCAGCUGAGAUCUUUGCAUGUUUCAAAAAUGGAAGCCAUUUUUUCAGAAACUGCAUCCUUUCCUUGUUAGUUUUUUUUCUUUUAAAAUUUAAUUUGAUCCCCCGCCAUAAGAAUUUCUCUCUCUCUUUCUCUCCCUCCCCCUCCCCCCAAAUGUCCUGUGUGGAGAAUGCAAUGUUGGUGUCGGCUUUUUUUCCUUUUAACACUGUCUCCCCUCCUCAUACUAAAGUACGGUAUGAAGACCUCAUUUAAUCCUUGCAGUUCAUCUCAUUUCAAAUGUCUAUGGAAGAAGCACUUCAUUGAAAGCAGUGCAGUAAAAAAAAGUCAGGAAUACUUCUGUCUCCAUGCUUUCUCAUCUAAGACUUCUUCAUCACACUGCACAUGCUUCGUCUUAAGACGGUGGGUGUUCCAUUUUUAUCCGCUACUCUUUUAUUUCAUGGAGUCGUAUUCAACGCUAUGAACGCAAGGCUGUGAGAUGGAACCAGAAGGCUUGUUUGAACUUUUGAAAACCUUGUGUGGUAUUGGAUUGGUGGUGCCGAGGCAUGUGAGGGCUUGGUAUGUGCGAGAAAAAGGAGGAGGCGCAUGCAGAGAGAGACCUGGUGGUGCUUAAUGGGAUUUUAAAAAAACCCAAAAUUUUCCUUGGCGCGAUGUCCCUCGAUCCUGUGGCUUUGGUGAGAGAGUGUGCAGAGAGCAUUGGGAGCGGACGUACGAGUGUUUUUUUUCUUGCAUUCAAAGGACAUCCCGAUCUGGAAGAACUUAAAUGGGGGGCUUUUUACCUAGUGAACCAAUUAUUUGAAUGUGUUAAGUGAAAUGAAUAUCUGUAUUUUUUUCCUCCGUUGUCAACUCUGCUGUGAAUGCUGUAUGGUGUGUGUUCCUUUCUGUUAAUGAUUCUGUAAGUGUGGUAAUGUGAAUUGAAGGUGGGCUUCGGAUGGGAACACCCAGCUUGGGGUGUGUUUUGCAGAAUUUUUUUUUUUUUUUAAUAGCAAAGCUCAGUCCCAAGCUUGGAGGUUCCCUCGGGUGGAAGUUUUCUCUGCCUGUAAGAUAUCCAUAUGAAUGCUGUUUGCUGCAGUUCUAUGUUUGGAUGCUUUUUAUAAGAUUUGUCAAUGUAGGAAAUUCUUAAAUAAAACUGAUUUAAGUAA